AAACAAAGCACAUUUUAGCGACAUAUGCUGAUGUUUGUGCCAAAAUAAAAGAACAUGAGUUAUUGCACACUGUUGGUUAUGUUGUAGGUUUUACAAGAAGUAUGGAAAAAAGCUUUGAAGAAAUAUUAAAGGAAAAUCACAGAGUAUUUUUUGAGGAUAAAGACGUUUCUUACACUGGAGUACCAUUUAUUGUUUCAUCAAAUGGUACACUUGACUGUCACCAUGGCAAGGAUAAAAAUAGUAAAGCUAAAGCUCUGUACAAAAUUAAAAAAAAUACAGAAGCAAGUUCAGAUCAUUCUUUCAAAAAAAAAAGAAUGAUUCCACAAAUUACCAAGAAGUUUGAUUGUCCCGCCAAAAUUUUUAUCAAAGAAAUUAUUAAAUUUCUUGAGUUUAAGCUGGAUCGAGAUUCUACCAGGAUCAGGAAAGAAGUUUCAAAAAAAUUACGUUCAGCUUUGAUUCAAAACAAACAGUUUUAAUGUGCAGAAAAUAUAUUUUGGUAAUUCCUGCAAUAUCUGCUCAUAGUAACCAUCUAAUUGGUGAUGCCGCAGGUCUUAAUCAACCUUUAUGUGAAGAACUUAUUUUAAAAAUUGGUGAGUUGGUCAGAACUGGUGUCAGUUCUGUUACUGAAAUGAGACGUCAUCUAAAGACCUUUCUUCAGAUGGAAUUUAAUUCUAAUAACAUGCUGCAGAUAACAAACAAGCGAUUUUUCCCAAGUGAUAAGACCAUUGCAAAUCACAUGUUGAUAGCUAGACAAAAACUUCGCAAGUCCAUGAUAGAUCAAGAAUGUCUUUAGGAAAAAAUAAAUGAUUGGAAAAUUAAUUUUCAAGAUGCAAUGAUAAAAUUUAGACCAAAGGGAGGUAAUUCAGAAGAUAAUGAUCUUAAAAAUUCUUUGUUGUUUGUAUAUCAAGAUAUAUGGCAAAGAAGAUUACUAUUAAGAUAAGGGAAUGAGCUUGCUUUUCUUGAUGCUACAUACCGAACAACCAGAUAUGCACUACCUCUUUUUUUCCUCGUCGUUAAAACUAACAUUAAUUUCCAAAUUGUUGCUGUAUUUGUGUGUGAACAUGAAACCACCGAAUCUAUUAAAGAAGCACUAAUGUGCAUCAAAGAAUGGAAUCCUUUAUUUCAACCAAAGUUUUUUAUUACUGAUUGACAACCAAAGUUUUUUAUUACAGAUUCAAGUGAAAUAAAUUCACUUGAAUCUGUGUUUUCAGGUUCUACAGUGUUUAUUUGUGAUUUUCAUCGAGAACAAGCUUGGGAACGAUGGCUCUCUAAAACUGCUAAUGGAUGUUGCAUGGUGAAAGAUGUAGUUGUUAAAGAUAAGUUUCUUGAAAUCGCACAUGCAAAAACAAUUGAGACUUGCCAAAAAGCUGUUGAGGCAUUGGAGGAAUCAAAAGAGUGGCAAAACAACCCAAAACUUGUAGAAUAUUUGAAAAGCACUUGGCCAUGCAUUCAAAAGCGCUGGGUUGUUGCAUAUAGGAAAGAUCGUAUCUUGUUGGAUGUCAACACCAACAAUGGAACUGAAAGACAGAACCUAUCUUUCAAAUACAGUUUUUUAGAAAAAAGAAAGAAUUCUUCUCUAACAACUAUGCUUAGUAUUUGCAUAGAAGAAUUUCUUUACAAAUACAACAAUUAUUGUGAUGAAAAUAGAAGAGCACAUUCCUCAUAUAGAAAAUAUGAUGAUAAAGUUCCAGCAUAUUUGAUUGAUCGUCCACCAUCUUUAGUCAAACAUUGUAUGGCAUUGAUUGAUAAAUUACAAGGUGUGGAUUUGCGGGGCAUAACUGCUGUGACAGACAAAUUAUACAAUGUAGCUUCUUUUAAUUCAAAUAGUAGAGAGAUUUACCAAUGCUACCUUGGUGAUUCUGAAUGUCUGCCAGCUUGUUCUUGUCCUAGUUGGUUUCGUACCUCAUAUCCAUGUAAACACUUUCUUGUCAUUUUUCUAAAAGAGAAUCUCUCUUGGUCUGCAUUUGGCACUGCAUAUGCAAAUUCUCCUUAUUUCAAGCUGGAUUUGUACUACAGUAAUCAUACCUCUGCAAGCUGUCGUGAGCUCUUAAAUGAAAUUAAACAAAUGAGUUACUUAUGUGACUCUCAACAAGCUAUUGAUAAUUUGUUAAAGGGCUUUGUCAACUUAAAACACAUUUAGCAGAAAGUCUUCCAGUAGAACAAGGAAUUCUGCUGCGUCCAGAGAUUCAACCUGAUACUUGGAAUAAGUCACCCACAAAUUCACCAAAACUUAGUCUUCUCCCUGUGCGGCGUAAAAGAAAAAUGACUAAGCGUGUUGGUGUUAAAUAUGACAAAUAUAAAGCAGCUGCUGAUAUUAGUGUGAUGGCUGAAAAGGAAAGUUAUAGUUCUGAAAUUGUCACAAGUCACUCAAUUGAUGAAAACUAUGAAAUUUUUAUGGUUCCUAAUGAAUCAAUUGAUAUCAUGGAACAUUUAACUGAUGAUAGUAACAACUCUGUUGAUAUGACUGUAAAUGAAGAUGUUAAACAAGAUAGAAUAGUGCUGCAAAUUCAAAGUCUUAAAUCAUCUUUGAUUGGUCAUAAAGAACAAAAUGAUAUCAUAAAAGGGCAUAUGCUUUAUGAUAACAUAAUUCAAUUUUGUCAGCAACUUAUGGCAAUCCAGUUAAAUAUUGAUGUUGGACUGCAAGAUCCCAUUAAAGGACAAAUUUUAUCUUUUGAUAUCUGUACAAGUACUCUAUUUGUCCAAAUUCUUCAUGAUGGAAAUCUUCACUGGUUAUGUGUAACCACAUAUGACUGUAAACCAGGGGAGAUAUUGUUUUUGACAGCCUUUUCCACGGUACAAUCAGCUUAGAGACAAAAAGGCAAAUUUGCAAUUUUUUGCAUUGUCAAGAAAAAAAUCUUGUUUUUAAAGUUUUGCCAGUUCAACAGCAAACAAAUGGUGUGAAUUGUGGUAUUUAUGCUAUCGCCUGGGCUCGUCAGAUUCUUGAAACAAAAAGUCUACCAUCAACAAAUCUAAUGUUUGAGGAAAGUGAAAUUAGAAGUCAUCUUCUAAAAUGUAUAUCAAAUAACCAGAUAGAGAUAUUCCCAGCAACUAAAAAUCCUUUUUCCUUUAGAAGAUGUGCUGCUAAGACUUUUCGUGUUCCUCUGCAUUGCAUUUGUCGUAUGUUUUGGGUGCCUGGAGACGAAGACAUAUAUAACAGGCAAAUGGCACAAUGCUGUGCUUGUAGUAGAUGGUUUCAUCGUGAAUGCGAAAAAAUUCCACUAAGUGCCUAUGAGCAGGAAGAUGAAAUUUGGAACUGUAAUGAUUGCCACAACCAGUCAAAUAA